GUGUUGAACAGAUAUAUAUUUCUGUAUCUUUUAAGUCCUCUGCAGGACAAUGCUUGCUUUAACGGGCUGUUUUCGUUCUAUGAGAUCUCGACGUCCACCUGGUUUCGAGAACCAUGAUUUACUAGCUUCUGAGACUUCAUUUUCUGUUAAUGAAGUGGAUGCAUUGUAUGUUCUGUAUGGAAAACUUAGCAGUUCCAUAAUUGAUGAUGGUCUUAUUCAUAAGGAAGAGUUUCUCCUUGCACUCUUCAACUGUAGCCUUAAGCAAAAUCUUUUCGCACAGAGAUUGUUUGAUUUGUUUGAUAUUAAGCAUAACGGAGUUAUUGAGUUUGGAGAAUUUGUUCGGUCAUUAAGCAUAUUCCAUCCAAGGACUCCUCAAGCAGACAAAAUUGAAUUUGCAUUUAAGUUGUAUGACUUGAGGCACACUGGAUUCAUAGAACGCGAUGAGUUGAAGGAAAUGGUAUUUGCUAUACUGAAGGAAUCAGAAUUGAUACUUCCAGAUGACGCUAUCGAAGCAAUUGUUGAUAAGACAUUCGUAGAGGCUGACACGAAAGGAGAUGGACGGAUUGAUCCAGAAGAGUGGAAGGAAUUGGUCACAAGAUAUCCUUCUAUCAUCAAGAACAUGACUCUACCAUUCCUGAAGGAAAUAACUCAAAUGUUUCCAAGCUUUGUGUUGACAACUGAAGCUCAAGAUUCACAACUAGUGUUUGAGUAACUGAUCAACAAGUUUUAUUAUUAUUAUUAAUCUGUUGUCUAAUUCGUGAGAAAAAAUGGUCCUUAAUGUAUACAAUAU